GAACCGCGCGAAGUGUUUGCCGAGCAAGCCGGUUCUCACACAUUUUUAAGGAAGAUUCAGAAAUUAAAAGUUAUUUUAGUUAAUUCAUUAAAUUUAGUUAAAAUUGUUAUAUUUAACUGUUACAAGCAGAGAUUAUUACAUCGUCGAAUCGUUGCCGGAAAGGAACCGACUACUGCCAUCGGAAUGGCGGCCACGAUCGAGCCGGUGUCGCCGCGGGAGCUCGAGUGCCGCAAGAUUUGCGUCGAGCGGUUCGUGUUCGCCAUCCUGUACAGCGUCGCGAUCCAGUUUGUGCUGCUGACGGUGUUUCUGCUGCUGGUCAACUUUAGCCUGUUCGCCCCGGUGGCGUGGGUGCUCGGGACGUUCCGGCUGCUGUGCUCGCUGUCGACCUGGCUGGCCGCGAUGCCGCUCGUCAGUGCGGUCAUCGUGUACGGCGUUUGCCUGGCGAAGGCGUUCCUGGCGGACGGGCGGUACUGUCCGACGCGGUUUCAGCUGAUUUAUCGGUCGAUAGUCCAGAAGUCUGCGCUGCUGGUGGUCAACUGCGUGGUUGGAUUUUUGACGGCCUGGCUGUACACGCGAUUCCUGCGGGACGAUUACCGCGUCCUGUUCCUGCCGGCUUCCGAAAACGGACAAUUUGUGCUCAAUGAAAAGUAUUUAUUUUUGCUGCUUGGAGGAACGUUUGCCGGAGUGUAUUACUUUGUGCGGAGCAAGCCGGAGCGAUCGGCGGUCAAUUUCCCAGUCAUCCAGCAGCCACGUUAUCAGCAGAUCCGAGCACAUCUCUACAGCACCGUGUACCGGUCACUGUUUACAUCAUUUGCACCUGCCCUGGUCUACGCGAGCUUCUUCUUCACGUUCAGCUGCGUUUACUUCCGUCACAAGCUUGCGUCCACAUUCAGCGGAGUUUCCCUGGCGGAAGAGUCCACGCUGGCAUCGUUCUACGCCAUCCUGUCCGACGUCCGGCUGCUCCUGUACUGUUGGAUCUUGUUCUCGCAGAUUCUCAGCAGCAUGAACCUGAUGCAGGACCUGUUUCACAUUUGCCUUACCGAGUAUCGCGCAUUCCCGGUGGAGAAAUCCUCGCUGGCCGAUGAUCGCGAAGUGACGCUGGUGGAAGCCCUGGCCAACACUCAACUGCCCAUCAUCCAACAGUUGGCUGCGCUGGACCUGUUCAACAUCGCCGAAGACAGCAACCCAACCCGGCGGUCCCGUCUCUACGCUCUCUCAAUCCCCGGUGGCCACCCGUACAACUGGCGCCUCCUGUCCGGCGAAUGCAUCCGUCUCAUCCGCGACUACUCCGCUGAAUUGUCACGCUCGAUUGAAGGCGCCCCUCAGGCCGUAGGCUCCGCCAUCCGUCCGGAAAUAACCCGCCUGCGACCAACCGCUUCAAUGGACGCCGAAAAGAUCCUCUCCAAGCAGUACAACGAGUCGUUCGGCAUCCGAUCCCUCUCCACGAACGCCCUCCCAACCGAAUCCACCUCCACCCCACAACCGGACAUCAUCUGCAAAGCCAUCGACCGCCGCCUGGACUCCCUCCGCACCUCCCUCAAAAACAUACCCGGCAUUUUCUACCUCUUCGGCGAACCCAAAACCGCCAAAACCUGCCACCUCCUCUCAAACAACUCCCAGCAAAUCAUCUACAUCAGCCAAGCCCUCGCGUCCCUGGCCGCCCGCUCGAUCAACGAGGACCAGUUCGGUGUGGUGCAGAAUGACCUCCCCCUAAUCAUCCGGACGCUGGUCCAGCUCAAGCAAACCAUCGACAAGGUCGGCUCGAUUCAGCUGGACGUGAAAAAGAUCGACCGCAACUAUGCGGCACUCAAGGCUGCCACGCGGCGCAGUUUGUACCGGAUUGCGGGGGCGUUUGCCGAUUACCUGAACGAUAUCGUGCUGGAGCCGGGCGAUGUGAAGGCGCUGCACGGGUUCGUGCACUACCGGGAAGCGUAGGAGGAGGCUGUUUUUCUCGUCAUACUUUUCAUUUUGACCCAUAAUCAUUGAAUAAAAAUCGUUGUGUCAUAAAAUAC